UGACAUACAUCAAGAUGCCUCCACAGAUAAAACAGGAUAUAAACCGGUCGGGCUGGGAGACCACUGAUUUCCCGUCCGUCUGCGAACAGUGUCUCCCCGAAAACCCCUAUGUUCAGAUGUUGAAGGAGGACUAUGCUGCGGAAUGUAAAAUCUGCACUCGACCGAUGACGGUCUUUCGAUGGAAGGCGGACCGGACAUCUCGCACGAAGGCGACAAAUAUAUGCUUGACAUGCGCGCGCCUGAAGAACUGCUGCCAGUGCUGUAUGCUUGAUCUCUCCUUUGGCCUUCCAAUCGUCGUUCGAGAUGCAGCCUUGAAGAUGGUUGCCCCAGGCCCACAGAGCUCGAUUAACAGAGAGUACUACGCGCAGGAGCAUGAAAAGGAGUUGGAGGAAGGCCGAGGCGCGGUGGAAGAGUACGAAAAGACCGACGAGAAAGCCAGAGAGUUGCUACGGCGGCUGGCGAACAGUGAACCAUACUACAAGCGGCAGAGAAGACUUGAGGCAAGCGGCGAGACGGAAGGCUCCAGCGUCGUGCCUGGGGAAGGGCAGCAAUCCUCUGAACAGAAGAAGAUAGGGUACGGACCUGGCCCUGGCCCAGUCCGGACAAGUGACGUGCGUCGCGGUGCGGGCCGUGGCAGAGGCCGCGGAGGACGGCCAUAUCCGCCAGUCUCCCAGCGACCUCCUGGGCGACAGGAUAUCGAGCCACCCGCUGAUCCAAAUAUCACCUCUUUAUUCGUCACCGGCGUAGAGGACGACCUCCCCGAACACGCUCUCCGCUCCUUCUUUACACCCUUUGGAACAAUCAGAUCACUGGUCUGUUCGCAUAGAUCGCAUUGCGCAUUCAUAAACUAUGCGUCACGGGAAUCAGCCGAAGCAGCAGCGGCCAAAUGUCAAGGAAUAGCGGUGGUGCAGGGGUGCCCGCUGCGCGUGCAAUGGGGCAAACCCCGUCCUUUGGAUAAUAUGGAACGAGAUGAGCGGAUGCAAAAUGCACGUCAAGGAAGGCAGACAGCUGCUUCUAUCAAGGGUAAUGGACAUAGAAAAGCGAUUGCUCAGGGCACAUCGGCAGAACAAGUGGACGGGGGAGCAGAUAUCGAGGAGAGUAACCAGAGUUAUACCGUGGCACCUCCGCCAGGCCGUGGGGAUGUACAGUAUGCAAGUUUGGCAGGCGACUAA